CAGAAUUCUAGAGACUGGAGAGAGAAGAGAAAGAGGAGAAGUAAAAGAAAGAUGGGAGAAGAGAGAGAGGAUCCACAAAAGCUGAAGAAGAUAGCGGCGGCUGCGUACGACUACGAGAACGACCCUAGAUGGGCCGAUUACUGGUCCAACAUCCUCAUCCCUCCUAACAUGGCCUCCCGCUCCGACGUCGUCGACCACUACAAGCGCAAAUUUUACCAGCGUUACAUCGAUCCUGGUCUUGUGGUGGAGUCAAUGUCUUCAAGUGGUUCAUCCCAGUCAGCAAAACCAUCAGCAUCUUCGUCAUCCUCUUCAACUCGUACAAAUGAUCAAACUCGGUCUCAGAACUCAGGGUCUGCAACUAGAAACUCUGGGGCAUCAGCAACUCCAGGUCCAAGUCCUUCUCUCCGUUGGGAUCGCCAAACCAUACAGUUUUCUGUCAAUGCUUGGGUUUUUAUUGUGGCAGUUCUUGCAAUCAUUCCUCUCGUACCUACAAGCCUUUCAAAUAGGGCAUAUAGGCUUUCUUUAAUGGGCACUGCUUGUUCCUCUCUCUACUCUCUAUAUACAUUAUAUGGGAAACCUAGGGCAUGGAACUUGCAGGCAUUGCAAAUUUACUUCCAAUCAAUAAUUGCGACCAAAGAUUUUAUCUACUUCAUCUACUGCCUUACAUUUGUUACUUCGCAUCUUUGCCUCAAAUUUGCUUUAAUUCCCGUUUUAUCUCGAGCAAUUGAGCAGGUUGCCAAAUUUUUAAGGCGUAAUUUCAGUCGUUCCACCUUGUACAGGAAAUACCUUGAAGAUGCUUGUGUAUGGGUGGAAUCCAAUACAACAACUCUCAGUAUUCUCUCGUCACAUGCUGAAGUUGUACUUGGCUUCCUUCUAAUAAUCUCAUUGGUCUCGUGGCAACGCAACAUAAUACAAACAUUCAUGUACUGGCAGCUACUGAAGCUAAUGUAUCAUGCCCCUGUCACGGCUGGCUAUCAUCAAAGUGUGUGGACUAAGAUUGGGGGGACUGUCAAUCCACUCAUCAACCGCUAUGCACCAUUCUUGAACACUCCUAUUUCUGCUGCUCAGAGAUGGUGGUUCAGGUAGAUGUCUCAAGAUGAAGAGAGAGAGAAGAAACUUAAGAGUAAGAAUGAUUCUACGUGGGCCUUGGAUUGAUUUUGUUGUGGGACGAGAGAACUAGCUUCACGUGUAUUAAGCAACCGUCUUGAUUGUAGAUGGUAAAACAUUUGUCAAUCCGAACUGUUUCCUUCCAUAUUAGGUUUUUUCUCUUUUCAAGAAAACUGUAUUGGACAAUUUUCUUACUGCCUUACCCCAUAUCAGUUA